AUGCAACGAUUGAAGAAGAAUUUCAAAGAUGAGCUGCAAACACUGCUGUCUGAAGUGCAAAAAGAAUUCAUCCAAGAAGUAAAAGUGUCGGUGGUGGAGUACGUGCUGCACCACGAUGACAGUGCGCCACUAAAAGGACUCGACGCACGUCCGCGCCUCAACUCUGUGGAGCGCACGAGACAGGCUAUUGCCGACAAAAAGCGAAAAGAGACUAUGGGCCGAACCAGAGUCUACAUUAGGAAAAACUUGCACACCGUCAAUCACUGCAUACUGCUUGUGCUCGACAUUUGGCAUAAGUGCUUCAGUGAACUAAGAUUAGUUGAUCUGAAGCAGUUGAGCUCGCUGGAAAAGGCCAUUGAGCUGAAAUCCUUUAUGGACUUAAUUGGCCAGCAAAUUGUUACCGCUGUUUUGUAUUUGAAGAACAACUGGUUUCCUGCGUUGGAGACAGGUUGCAGAAAACGAAUGCUGCCGCCGGCGACUGCAGAGAAGCAGCGAAAAGAUUUCUUUGAGUGUGUCGCCACGAUAAUGACAACUCAAAUGCAGCAGCUCUGCAUUUUGUCCAUUAGAGACUUCACAAACUUCAUUUGUGACACGAAAUCGCGGCGCAACAAGGGAUUCGUUUUGGAGGUAGCCUACAGAAGUAAGGUGAUUGCCUUCGAUCCGUCUUUCCCGACAUUCAAAUUGGAAAUAUUGAACUUGAUCGAUAAAUUCAAAGACGCCGUUUCGAGAAUACCGCGAAUCGAGACGGUGCUGGUGGAGAAACUCGGACUGCAGCCCCUUCCGCAGGAAAAGCGCCUCUUGAAGCCGGCGAUUCCGAAUAAAAUUUUGAGAGAAGCGAAGGAGACGCUGAUUGCAAAUCUCGACGAACAACGCAUUCUGCCUGAAAUGCGAAUCCAAGAUUUUGACUGCUACAUCAGCCUCAUCAACGGAGAAUGGCAAGAGGAGGUGGACCGUUUCCUGCGCAGCAAGCAGUCAUACGACGAGCUCGUGUCCAGGGUAACCGAGCUGCACGAGCUGAGUCAGACCAUCCCUUGCGACACGUGGCUCGUCGUGGACGCCGGCCUCUUUGAGGUCCACCGCGGCCCUUUGGUGGUCGCCCUCGUGCAGGCGGCCAUUGCCCUUAGAGACCAACUACUGGCUCACAUGAGGGCCGACCAUCUAGCACUCUCCUCAAAGCUAAGUGAGGAAUACGAAGAAAUCGCGACACGCGCCUUGGCCCCGCCAGCAAACACGGCCGAGCUGAUGACCCUGAAGGAAUAUGUGCAUCAGGUCGAAUCGAGCACCUUGGCUCAGUUGGAAGACCGACUGCGGCAAGUGUGUCAGUCGAUGCUUUUCUUGGUAGACCACAUGACUGUUGCACCUUCUGAGGUCAAGCAGAAUGCUGCCCCGUUCAAAUGGUACGGUAAAAUGCCCGAUGUACUCGCUGAACACGAAGAAAUUGUGCACAAGAAAACUGCUGAAUAUCAACAAGCGCUCAAGGUGAGAACGCAGAAUUUUGUCGAGUCCCUUGCCCAGCAAGAGAGGCUGGUAGCUGAAUUCCAAACAUUGGGCGACAUAAAUGAGUUGCCGAGGUAUUUGCAACGAGCGCGGACUUUGCAAUCGCGGCUGAACGCUGCCAUGACGGACAUCAAGCAGUUCAACGCCGAAGAGGCUGCCUUUGGAUGGGAAACCUCGCAGUAUCCACUUCGCGAACAAAUAUCGGAGCAGUUGGGGCCGUACCUUGAGCUUUACGAGACGGCGAACGGUUUUAUUACUAAACACGAACUGUGGAUGAGCAGUCAGGUCGGAGCAUUUCAUCCCGUCGAAAUAGAGGCUGAAGCCGAACAUUUUUGGCAAACCGUGCAGCAGCUUGAGAAAACUUUCACAGACGUGCCUGUGGUGAAGCAACUUAUAAGCAAAGUACAUCACUGUAUCGAAGAAUUCCGCGACAAUUUGCCAGUGAUUCAGACUUUGGGAAAUCCAGACAUGAAGGAGCGGCACUGGGAGAAAGUGUCUGAAAUCGUGGGGUUCCCCUUGAAAGCGGACACAUCACUCACUCUAGCUCGCAUAAUCGACUUUGGUUUAGGCGACUACAACAGCAAAUUUCAGGUGAUCAGCGAGUCCGCCACGAAGGAAAAUAAUUUGGAAAAGGCGCUCAACACAAUGAUCGAAGAGUGGGUCACAAUGGAAUUUUCAGUCGUACCAUACAGGGAAAGCGGGACGUAUUUUCUUUCGUCAAUAGAUGACAUUCAACUCCUCCUGGACGACCAUAUAGUAAAAACGCAAACAAUGAGAGGGUCACCAUAUAUAAAGCCCUUUGAAAAGGACAUUACGGAGUGGGAAACGAAUCUAAUGCUUCUGCAGGAAAUUCUCGACAGUUGGAUGAAAGUUCAAGGAACGUGGAUGUAUUUGGAACCGAUCUUCUCGUCGCCGGACAUAAAUGCUCAAAUGCCAGAAGAAGGCCGACGAUUUGGAGCUGUCGACAAGAUGUGGAGAGAUAUAAUGAAAGUAGUCGUGACCGAUCUGCAUGUGCUGGUCGUUUCAAAAAUCGACAAAAUGCUCGAGCGCUUGCACAAAUCGAGUGACCUUCUGGACGCCAUCCAAAGAGGCUUGAACGACUAUUUGGACAAGAAAAGGAUUUUCUUUCCUCGCUUUUUCUUCCUCUCCAACGACGAACUGCUCGAGAUUCUUUCAGAGACCAAAGAUCCCUCCAGGGUUCAGCCAAAUCUGAAAAAGUGUUUCCGCGGGAUUGCUAGACUUUCUUUCACGGAAGAUAUGGCAAUUUCCUCCAUUAUUUCUGCUCAGGGAGAGGAUGUUGAGUUGGUCGAGGUGAUCGAUACAGCGUCCGCGAGGGGACAGGUCGAACAGUGGAUGCAGCAGUUGGAAGUUGGAAUGAAAAGUAGCGUUAAAAAGAUUAUUCUCGACUGUCAACGUGAUGUGGACUUUAAAGGCGAUAAUAAAUGGCUUUUGGAGAGUGCGGGCCAGGCGGUGCUCACUCUAUUUCAUAUUAAGUGGACCCAAGACACCGAGAAAGCAAUUGAGGAGGGCACGCUAAAUGAGCUGUUGAAUGUUUUUGCAAAGCACAUUGAAGAAGAGACAGAGCUGCUGAACCAGAACAUUUCCUCCAGUAAUCGAUCAAUGCUUGGUGUACUUUUAAGUCAAAAUAUUUACUGUAGAAACGUAAUUAUGACUUUGAUUAAUAACGGGGUGCAGAAGGUUGAAGAUUUUCAUUGGAUAACUCAACUUCGCUAUUACUGUGAGGAGAAGGAGAUUUUGAUUAAAAUGCUGAAUGCGAGCACAUCAUACGGAUAUGAAUAUUUGGGUGACGUCGUGCGCUUGGUUUUGACUUCGCAAACAAUCCAAUGCUAUCAAGCAAUUUUUGCAGCUUUGAAGUUGAGCCUAGGGGUCGUAAUUGACGGUCCUGUUAGUUCGGGGAAAACGGAGAGCAUAAAAGAUUUAGCAAACAUCGUGGCUAAACAGUGCGUUUUCGUAAGUUGCUCGUCAGAAAUGGACUGCACUACUCUUGUGAAGCUGUUCAAGGGGGUGGCUUCGUCUGGAGCAUGGAUUUGUCUCGACGAGCUCGACAGCUUGGGAGUCAAAACGCUCUCUUCGAUGUCGCAUCAAAUUUUGGCCAUUCAAAGAGCAGUGAAAGCGAAAAAAGGAUUUGUUAUACUGGACAACGUGAAAGUCCAGCUCGACUCGUCUAGCCUGAUUUUGGCAACGCUUGGAAAUGCCGGGUCUGCGAAGUUGCCAGCUAAUCUAAGAUCACUUCUGCGACCAGUUGCUAUGAAAAUUCCUUCGAUCAGGAUCCUUUCUGAGGUGGUUUUGGUCGCAAAUGGAUUCCGUGAAGCUAAAACCCUUGCUAACAAGAUAGUACAAGUCUUCAGUCAUUGUGCAAGAAAAUUGUCACUGCAAACGCAUUACGACCAUGGUUUGCGAGCUGUGAAAUCGGUUCUCGACUGUGCCAUUGCACAAAGAUUUUUGAGAAAAGAUGCACCCGAGGAAGAAAUUAUCUUAGACGCAAUAGAGAGCGUGAACAGCUCUAAAUAUACAAGUUACGAUUUAAUCGUAUUUCAGGAAAUUUUGGCUAGAACAUUUUCUAUCAAUGAAUGCGGAUUGGAAGCAAAACAAGCCAGGCAGCAAUUGAUGGAGUGUGUCAGGAAAGUUUGCUCAAGCAAAAACUUGCAGCCCACUGAGAGUUUUGUGGAGAGCAUCGCGAAAAUGUGCAGUGCACUCAGAGUCAAGCAAGGGGUCAUUGUUCUCGGACAGCCUCUUGCGGGGAAAACGACUGCGUACCAAGUGCUCGCCGCUGCACUUAAUGAGCUCGAAAAUAAAAAGGUGCAAAUGACAGUGAUUAACCCCAAGUCGCUGACGCUUGAGCAGCUCUACGGCGCGUUUGAUCCAAUGACUCACGAGUGGACAGACGGGGUUUUGCCAAAAUGCUAUCGUCAAAUGGCAUUGUCAAAUUCUCAAAACAGAAAAUGGUUAAUAUUUGACGGCCCAAUCGAUUCUUCCUGGGCAGAAAGUUUGAAUACCGUACUUGACGACAGUAGGCGCCUGUUCCUUAUGUCCGGAGAAAAUUGUUUUCUUCCAUCAGGAAUGAAUCUUAUGUUUGAGACCGACGAACUCACAAAUGUUUCCCCUGCUUUCGUGUCUAGGUGCGGAAUAUCGUACAUCAGCACUGAAGCGGUUGGUUGGAGGUCACUUUUAAAAUCAUGGAUACAAAAUUUGCCGGGUGUCUUGAAAGAUCAUUUGCAAAUAAUUACCGAUUUGUUUGAAAGAUUCUGUCCCCCAUUGAUCAACAUGCACAGGAAAGGCAUUUUUAAGUCCGAGUUUCCUUUAAUGGAGUGCAAUUUGCUCCGGUCAACAACGAAUAUAUAUGACUGUUUUGUGACUCAAUACACAAUAGAUGACGGAAAGGAUGAAAUAUCAAGCAUAGAUAUGAGGGCGCAACUUGAGGGAAUUUUCUUCUAUGCAUGCAUUUGGUCCAUUGGUGGAGCACUAGACGCCGCGAGCAGAGUUAAAUUCAACAAAAUCUUCAGGGGGCUUAUGGCAAACGAAUUCCCGUCUGAGCUCAAAAGCGAGUUUCAAAUCACAGAUGAAAUUGCGCCUCCUGUAAAACCAUACAUUUUUCCAAUCCCUGAUAAUUUCACCGUGUACAAUUAUCGCUUCUUCAAAGAGGGAAAAGGAAAAUGGAGACCCUGGGAAGAAGACUUGAAAGGUUCCCCGCCGAUUCCACGGGAAAUUCCUGUCAAUCAAAUAAUUGUUCCAACAUUGGAGACGGUGCGGUGCUCAGCUCUUUUAAACCAGCUUGUAAGCCACAAUAAACCCUUGAUCUUGGUCGGCCCUUCAGGUGUCGGAAAAUCGAUAUACAUGUCUGAUUUUUUGGAGAACAAAGUGGAUAAAAAUGUUUACAAGCCCCUGCUAAUUCUUUUUUCCAAUCGAACGUCAGCUCAAGAUAUCCAAGAUUUGGUCAUGAGCAAUGUUGACAAGCGUAGAAAAGGUGUCUACGGUCCUCCUCUGGGCAAAAAAUGUCUCGUUUUUGUCGACGAUGUCAACUUGUCCGAGGUUGUUAACAAAUGCCAGCCCCCGGUAGAGCUUCUGCGACAGUUGCUAGACCACGAGACGUGGUUUGAAAUCUCUACCGGAUCUCCACAAAAAAUCACAGAUUUGCAGAUUUUGUGUGCUAUGGGAUCGGCACCAUUUGGUUUGCUUAAAACCUCUAAAAGGUUUUUGAGGCAUUUUUCGGCAAUUUCCAUUAACGAGUUUGAGGAGACAACUCUCGUCGCUAUUUUCAGCAGACUGAUGCUUUGGCAUUUAGACACGCGCGGAUUCAGCAAAGAAUUCGACCCUUCAAUCGAUGAAUUGGUGGCGGCCACCCUUAAAGUGUACGCAACUACGAAAUCAUUCCUGAUGCCGACGCCUUCGAAGUGUCAUUACAUUUUCAACCUGCGCGACUUUUCACGAGUGAUUCAGGGCGUGCUUUUGUCUGUACCUGAGGCAAUCGAGGAUUUAGCAGCCAUGAAGAGGCUGUGGGUGCACGAGGUUUUGCGAGUUUUUGCGGAUCGAAUGCCCGACAUAGAGGACAGAGACUGGCUCUUGCAGGUCGUCAGGGAAACUUGUUCCGAGAAACUGGGCAACGACAUGGAUCAAAUGUUCAAGCACUUGGCCACGAAGGAAAAUCCGCGAAUCACGGAGCUGGAACUACGGCAGCUACUGUUUUGCGACUUCGCUAAUCCCAAAGCAGACGCCCGAAAUUAUAGUGAAGUGCACGAAAUCGACAAUUUGAGAAGUGUUGUCGAGAGGUGUCUCGGUGAAUACAACAGCAUGUCGAAGAAGCCCGGCGAACUGGUCAUGUUCAGAUACGCAAUGGAGCACUUAUCCCGAAUUUGUCGGCUACUGAAGCAACCAAGGAGCCACGGCCUUCUAGUCGGCCCAGUGGGCCUGGGGAAACAAUCACUGGCGCGAUUGGCAGCGUCAAUAUGCUAUUACGAACUGUACCAGCCCGACAUAAACAAAAAUUAUUCAACAACCAAAUGGCGUGAAGACAUUAAAGAACUGCUGAUUAGGAGCGGAACUUCAGAUCAGAACGUAGUUUUACUCUUUUCGGAUGAGCAGGAAAAGAGCGAAAUUUAUUUAGAGGAUGUAAAUCACUUGCUUUGUGCUGGAGAGAUAGCGAACUUAAUAACUCCUGACGAAAAAGCGGAAAUUGUGGAGAAGAUGGGAGAAAUUGACAAACAAAGGGACAAAUCAGUGCAAACGGAUGGCAGCAACCCAGCUUUGCUGAACUUUUUCUUGCAAAAGCUGCGAGAUCAGCUGCAUAUCAUAAUUUGUCUCAACCCAGACUCAAAAAACUUCAAGAGAAGAUUACAAAAGUUUCCAGCUCUAAUAAAUAAUUGCACCAUCAAUUGGUUUUUGGACUGGCCUGAUGACGCAUUGCAAGAUGUAGCAGAGAACGUUUUGAAUUACUGCGGUCUGGAGGGCAAUGAAUUGCAAACGUGCAUCGAUUUGUGCAAAUGUUUCCACGCCGACGCUCAGGCUUUAUCUAAAAAAGCCAAAAAUCAUUUCUUUAGCUUAAUCACGCCCACGACCUACAUUGAUUUUCUGAAGAUAUUCAAGAAAAUUCUGAUUGAUAAAAGAAGAUACGUAAUGGAAGCCCAAGAGAAAUGUAAUACAGCAGCGGACAAAAUAUUAGGGGCAGAAAAAGAAGUUCCUGAGAUGCAAGAGGAAAUUCAAAAUCUAAUGCCGAAACUGAGAAAAUCGGCUGAACUUGUCGAGCAGGGAUCAGUGGCGGUUGAAAAUGAAACUAGAGACGUCACGGAAACCGAGCAAAAGGUGCUAGUUGAGCGUGAGCUGGUCCAAGAAAAAAGAGAGAGGGUGAAAGUUCUGCAAGAGGAGUGCGAAUCGUGUGUUUGCGAAAUGCUGGCACCACUUGACGAGGCAACUGCUAAUUUGGAGAAUUUGUCCCUCUCGGAUUUAUCAGCGCUAAGGGGAAUGAAAAGUCCGCCAAAGAAUCUCAAGUUGCUGAUGGAAGCGAUUUGCUUGAUGAAAGACGCAAAAUCAGAAAAGGUCGCGAAUCCAAAUGCGCCCGGCAAAACGAUGGACGACUAUUGGGGCCCAGGAAAGAAAUUACUGGCUGACCCUAAAUUUGUUGAAGGCCUGAUGCAAAUCGACAAGGAAAAUAUUCCAUCAAAGGCCUCAAAACAGAUCCAAGAGCGAGUUAUUUCAGAUGACACAUUCGAUCCAGAUAAACUAAAAGCCGUUGCUCCAGUGACGGAAGUUUUAUGCCGGUGGGUCAUUGCCCUGUACAACUACGACGUGGCAGUCAAAACUGCAGCUCCGAAGCGGCAGCUUCUGGCCGAGGCGACGGAGGAACUGCAAAACGCGAGCACCGUUUUAGAAGAAAAAGAAACGGCUCUGAGAGAGGCUGAAAGUAAAUUGACUGACGCGAAGGCUGACCUCGUGCAAGCCCAGGCACAAAGGGAAGAGCUACACUCGAGGCUGGAGUUGUGCCAGAAAAAAAUCAAGCGUUCUGAAGAACUCCUCGCGGCACUUCUUGGCGAGACUGGCAAAUGGCAAGCCAGGGCAAAAGAGCUAGCACAAAGCUUUCAGUCUAUUACAGUAAAAGGGGACAUGCUCGUGUGCGCGGCAUCGGUUGCGUAUUUGGGUCCGUUUGGCCCUAAUUUACGGAGCCAGCAAACCACCAAAUGGGUCCAGGCGGUCAAUGCUAAGGGUCUGGUGUGCUCUGCGCAGCCUGAGCACUUCAAUUUGAGCACUGUCUUAGGGGACAAAGUAGAGCUGCUGGAUUGGAACAAUAUCGGUCUCCCUUUGAGCGAUUCUUUCGUAAUGGGAAGCGCUGUGAUUAUCAAGCAUUCGGAAAAAUGGCCCCUUAUUAUUGAUCCUGAGGGACAAGCGAAUAAGUGGAUUAGAGCCAUCGAAGGGCAAAAUCAGUUACAGGUUUUGCGGUUGUGCGAUUCUGACUACAUUAGAAACUUGGAUUCGUGCAUUCAAAACGGAAAAGCUGUGCUGUUAGAAAAUAUAAGUGGGGAGCUAGAUCCCAUACUGGACCCACUGCUGAUGAAGCAGACUUUUAAACAAGGAACCAUGGUCGCCGUCAAGAUUGGUGAUUCAGUGAUUGAAUACAAUCCAAAUUUCAGACUUUACAUCACCACACGCAAAAGAAGCUUUAAGAUGUCGCCCGAAUUCGCUUCAAAGGUUACUUUGAUCAACUUAGCGUUGACCCCGCUCGGUUUGCAAGAACAGCUGCUAUCAGUAACUGUACAGAGGGAAAGGCCAGACCUCGAGUCAGAAAAGUCGCAAAUCAUGACCACAGGAGCAGAUAAUUUACGACAACUACGAGAGCUAGACUUAAAAAUCUUGGACGAAAUCUGGGCAUCUAGCGGCGACAUUUUGGAGGACGAUAUGGCAGUGCAAGCCGUCUGCCUGGCCAAAACGUUGAUCAACGAGGUCAUCGAGAAAAAAGUUAACAACGACCAGACCGAGGUGUCAAUCGACAAGUCCCGUUUACUAUAUGAACCGGUGGCGGAGAACGCCAGCAAUUUGUACUUCAGCCUCGUCCAGCUGGCUGCUCUAGAGCCUAUGUACAAAUUUUCUCUUGCCUGGUAUACAGAUUUAUUCAUCAAUGUGAUUGAUACAACCGAACGGGUGGAGGACUUGCAAAAACGCAUGCAAGACUUGGGAACGCAGUUGUCACUCACUCUAUAUCAAAGCGUUAUGCCAUGUGUUUUUGAAAAGGAUAAAAUAAUAUUCGCAGUAUUGAUUGCGAAGGCUACGAAAAAAAUUAAUCUCGACGAGGAAGAGUGGGAGUUUCUGCUCGAAAACGAAUUCCAAAGAGAUGAAUCGAAUGAGAGCUGCUUUGAAUGGUUGUCUUUGUCCUGUUGGCAAAGGUUAAAUGCUCUUUUUCAGUUAUCUGGAUAUGAACAUUUGAGAGAUAAUUUAAAAGAAAAUGAAAAUCAAUGGAAGGAGUUCUAUGAAACAAAAACCAAAAGUCUAGAUAUGUGCCCAGUUAAAGUAGAAGAGUUUAAAGUUUUACUGAUUCUAAAAUGCAUCCGACCUGACAUGUUAGUAGAAACUGCAACCAACUUAAUUCAAGAAAUUCUUGGAGCAGAUUACGUUAACCCGCCAUUGUUCAAUCUGCCCUCAUCGUUUUCUGCUUCUUCGUGCAAAAACGCCUUGAUUUUUAUGCACCAGCCAGGCUCUGAUCCUACGUCGACCCUUCUAAAGUUUGCCACCGACAUGCGAGUGACCCAAAAGAUGCAAAUCAUAUCUUUGGGCGAAAACCAGGGUCAAGCAGCGGCAUUGGUUAUUGAGGAAGCAGUGAAACUUGGGUCAUGGGUUUUGUUGCAAAAUUGCCACUAUGAACCUGAUUGGAUGAUCCAUUUGGAAAAGAUUUGCGACGGAUUGGGAGCGGAAUCAACGCAUCCCGAGUUUAGAUUGUGGCUUUCGUCAGUGUCCACCGAUCACUUUCCAGAAGCACUUUUGCAAACAGGCAUCAAGAUUGUAUUUGAUCCACCCAUCUCAGUGAAAAAUAAUAUGCUGAUGACUUUCACCAGCGACCCUAUCUCGGACCUUGAUUUUUACGAAAGUUGUGGCAAACUGAGUUCGGAAUUUAGAAAAUUACUGUAUAGUUUUUGCUUCUUCCACGCCCUGACUAUGCAGCGUACCAUGUUCAGGCCCCUCGGUUGGACAGAACCUUACAAGUUUACCGAGUCGGAUCUCAGAUCGAGUUUAGUGCAACUCCAAUCGAUUUUAAUAAAUUCAACGGAGCUCUCCCUGCAUUUCGUUUACUAUGUCGCGAGUGAGUGCUAUUACGGCGGACUUAUGUUUGAUCCCUGGGACCAGAGAUGUCUCGAGAAUCUACUUGCUGAGUGCUGUCGACCGAGCGUUGAGAAUUGCAACUUUUUCUGCGACAAACUAGAACUGUUCAAGUAUCCCGUGAACUUUCAAUAUGACGAGCAGGUUAACCACAUAAAAAAGCUCCCUAAUAGAAACGAGCCAGAGCUCUGUGGUAUUAGCAACAGCGUUGGUAAAAAGACUGACGAGAGCCUAGCAAUAAAAUUCAUUUCAGACCUGCAUCUGUCCCAGGAGGAGUUCAUUUUUAAGGUUAUUGCCAAAGUUUCUGCCUCAAAAUAUGAGCAAGAAUUGGUUGAAAAUGCAAAAGGGAUAAUAAGCGCCCUGCCAAGCAAAUUUGAUCUAGGUGAAGCGACGGAUACAGUAGCAGGACCACUGAAAGCAGUUUUAAUGCAGGAUUUAAUCCAGUACAACGAGUUAUUAAAUGUCAUGUGGUGUUCACUUGAACAUUUCGUUAAGGCCAUGCAAGGGAAAGAAAAAAUGCAUUCUGAAUUGGAAGAACUCGCAGCGAGCUUGACCGCAAACCGAAUUCCUGAGUGUUGGAAACCAAAGUGCUACGCGUGCAUUAAAUCGCUAAAAGCAUUCAUCUCUGAUUUAAAUAAACGAGUUCAGUUCUUUCGGAAUUGGUUGCAAUCUGGUCAGCUGAACGUGUUUUGGCUUCCAGGAUUUUUUGCGCCCAACAGCUUUUUGUCAAUUUUAUUGGAAAAUUGUAGCCCUGAAACUUUUGACGGAUUGGACGCGGAAAAGGUUAUAAUUGAGUGCGAGAUUUUGCGAGAUGACAUAUUGAUCGACAAAGGCGUUGUUGUGUCUGGAUUGUAUCUCAAUGGUGCAAGUUGGGAUGCAGAAAAUAACUGCCUAGCCGAGAUAGUGAAAAACGGUCCAUACAGCGAGUUUCCCAAGAUUUGGUUGAAGUCGUUCCUUCCAUCGAAUCAUCACGAUGGAAAAAAAUACACUUGCCCAGUUUACCAAACGUCAGAGCGGCGCGGCGUUAUCAACUCGUCUGGUCUUUCCUCAAAUUUCCUAUUUUCGGUUCAACUUAAUACAAACACAGACCCCAAACACUGGAUUCUCCGCGGAGUCGCCCUACUUUGCCAACUACCAGAUUAAUAGGUUUUACAGGCGUAAUUCGAAACGCGAGGAGUUACUCCACUUCACAAGAUAUCGUUUAUGUUAAUCAAAUUACACUCAAUUAUUCUAAUACAUGGAUUAAAAAUGGAAAAUGUUCGAGCGCGCGAUGCA